UAUUAAUAUAGUUUUUAUAGUCUGAUGUAAAUAUCGUCAUUGUACACUUGAAAUUAUGAUUUUAUUUCUUGUUCUGCCGUUGGUCUUAUGUGACAGAAGUUUGUCGCAAGAGAUAUGCUUGGACGGGGACUUCGACUCACAAGUGCAGUGGUUUGUAGAGAACGUCAUGUUCUCAUCAGAGGACAAGGCUCAGAUCCGCCGCGUGUUAGACGACGUCAAGACUACCAUGCAACGGCAGUGGCCAGGCACUGAAGUGAUUCCGCACGGAUCGGCCGCGAUGGGAGUGGGAAUAAAGACAAGCGACGUCGACUGCUACGUCAAAAUACCGAACUUUAACACUUCGGCGGACCUGUACGUGCUCACAGAAGCCACGGCGCUCCUGCAGCUGCAGCGGGACAUGUUCUCCGACAUGACGUGUGAGCUGCUCCCCCCCCCAGCCGACUCCUCGCUGCUCACCUUCCGCCACCGCCCCACGGGCCGCCUCUGUGACGUCAUAUUCACCAAUAACUCCAUCUACCAAACGAGUGCCCUUAACCGAUACUACUUCAAUUUAAACGAAAAAUUCAAACCUCUUGUUGCCAUCAUAAAAUAUUGGUUUCAAGUCCAAGAAUUGAACAAGAAAACAAUUAUGAGAAGCUUUCACUUGUACCUGUUAAUUAUAUUUUAUUUGCAACAAAUUAAUAUGGUUCCCCCAGUGUUUCGAUUGCAAAAUAAACAAAGACACUUCGAAGGCUUGUGGGAUUUGAGUUUCGAUGAGAUUCCAUAUAACAGCACAAAUACAGAUAUCAGUUUGUAUCGACUUCUGACCGGCUUCUUUACUUACUACAGUGAAUUUAACUUCGACGACUAUAUCGUGUCGCCUUACGCGGGUCGUCCGAUCAGGAAGAUUGAGUUUUUAGGCAACACCAGCGUGUCUGGAAUAUUUUAUUUAUAUAAAAAGAAUAUGAGAGAGUCCGGCUUUAAGCCGCUGGAUGUAGAGAGGGCCAUCUGUAUCCAGGACAUGUUUGUUCACAACGUGAACACGGCGGCGCGCGUGUCGCGGCGGCCGGCGGCGCUGCUGCGCGCGAGGCUGCGGGACGCCGCGCGGCUGUCCGCACACGGACUGCUGACAGCUUUGUUCACAAACCCUCAACACAAGGAACUACUUAAUGAAACUAAUCUAAGUAUUCCAAGCUGCAACAACGCAACCGAUAUGUAAUGCAAAAGUGAGGUAAUAAGACACAAGGACAAGUUGUGAUAUGAGAACCAUAUUGUUCUGCAAUAAAAAGAAGAGUUAAUUAAUUAGUUAAAAAAAACUUUAUUUAUAUUUAGAAAAACUGAAACAAUUUAAGUAAUUUACUUAACAAUACAACUGAGUAACUAAUAAAUGAAGGCUUUUAAUAUAAA